AUGCUUAAUCACUUCAUGUUCGUAUUUUGGAGGUUGAUGGUUGGUGGUUGGAGUAAAUUGAGGAAGAGAACGGUAAUGGAGAGUAGACCAGUAAUCAUAUUCAACAACUGUGCCGCACAUACAUCGAUCGACAAAUUUCUCACAACAUCCGUAUUCAUUCUCCAGACCCGGAUUUACGUUGGGGAUCUCAAUAUAUGUAAGAGAGUACCAAUUUUGAAGGGAGAAGUUGAGUACGACCCAAGAAACGUGUAA